AUGGAAUACAAGGACAUAAUUCUGAAUUCCUAUACCACUGAAAAUGAAUGGUAUGAGUUUUAUAAUUCAUAUGCCAAUUUGAAGGGUUUUAGCAUUCGAAGGGAUAAAGUGAGAUAUGAUAAAAAUGGCAAUCUUUAUUAUCGCAAAUUUGUUUGUUUUAAAGAAGGAAUUCGUGAAACUAAGCAUAUGGAUAGAGCAGAUAGGACAUAUAAAGAACGUUUAAGGGAUAUGCAUAAUCAUGAGCUUGCAGGCCCAGAUGAAGUUCCCUUUCUUCGCUCUCAACAAAGAGUUGAUGAUGUACAAAUGGAAGAAAUUCAUAUGCUAGCACAAUGUGGCAUUCCUAAAAAUAAAAUUAUGGAUUUUAUGGAGUAUAGAGACGGAGGUUAUGAGAAGGUUGGUUUUAUUAGAAAAGAUAUUUAUAAUAAGUGGGGUAAAAUAUCACGAAGAAUAAUAGAACAUGGAGAUGCACAAACUAUAUUGAAUAUGAUGGAACAAAGAAAAAGGAAAGAUGUAUAUUUUUUCUAUUUGAAUAAAACUGACGAUGAAGGCCAUCUUACACAUUUGUUUUGGGCUGAUUCUCAAUCAAGAGUUGACUAUGAAGCUUUUGGUGAUGUUUUAUUAUUUGACAGUACUUAUCAAACAAACAAAUAUGCCAUGCCUUUCAUACCAUUUAUUGGUUUAAACCACCACCGGAGAACAAUAAUAUUUGGAUGUGGAGUAGUUUGUAAUGAGACAACUGCGAGCUAUAUUUGGUUGUUGAAGGCAUUUAAGAUGGCGAUGUGUCAAAAAGAACCUUUGUCUGUCAUUACCGACGGUGAUAGUGCCAUGCGUAAAGCUAUAAUCACAGAGUUUCCAGAUGUAAAGCAUCAAUUGUGUUCUUGGCAUAUAGGAAAAAAACUUAUAUGA